UUUGACAUUUAGGUAGAUGUCGCUAGUAGUUGAAUCAGCUGAUUGAGAAAAUUGAUUUUCCAAAAGCUGUCAACGACGGUUUGGAAAACGGGGGUGUAAAAAUUUGCCCCGUUUUUUUUUAACAAUGUGAACGAAAUCGCUCCGCAUCAAGAUGAACCAACUGACGGGUUGUGCCAAAUUCAUGUUUUUCUGGUCAAUGGCUAUCGCGAGCGCAGUUUGUGUCGCGAAAUUCGGCUCCUUUACGGCAUGGGCACAACUGAUGAACAGCGAAAACGAAGUCGACUUGUGGUUGGAAGAGAACAACCUCGCCAAUUAUAAACAAUUGUUCAAGGAUAAAGGAAUAUCCCAGUUAGCGCAAUGUGGUCAACUAGGAGACCUUCCAGAACUCCCAGCCCCGGACGAACAACGACUUCAAAAAGCGGCGGCACUUCUUCAACAACGAUUAGUUUUUCGUCAGUGGUUGUCCAAAAACAAUCUUCAACAUCAUUAUCCGAGGCUGUUAAGUUUAGAAGUCGCCAGUUUGGAGGAUGUUUAUUGGUUCGAAGAUAACAAAGCGCGAGUUGCUCUUCAAAAAGACUUUACGCAAUGGUCUGGAGCUCGGCAAUCUUUACCCAUCGAUAAGCAACGUUUAGAAGCUUUGAAAGCUGAUCUUUGGAGUGAAGUGGUUAAAUCGAGUAAUCAUCAAGACGCAUGGACAUGGGGUGGAAUGCUCGUGGUGUCCGUUUCGGUCGCUGGGUUGGUUACUUUAGCAGCGAUGACCCAACCUUCAUUAGCACCGGAAGCAAAACAUUCCCUACUUCAAUACGUCACCGGAAAAUAUCUCCUUCCUUCAAAUUGUAAAGUGGUUUUUCAUUGGAACGAUCCUUGUCCUGUGGGACACACCGUUUCUUUUACCGUACAUUUCUACCAGCGCAACGGACAGCCUUAUCCCAUCUGUGAUACCGAUCGGCUGCUGGUAGAUGUUUCAGAAGGAACCAGAAAGAUGGCUAUUAUAACGGAAUUGGGAUCACCGACAGAUCCAAAUAGCGCAAAUCAAGCAAGAAUAAAAUUUACAGUUCGACAGGCUGGACAAUACUGUGUAACUGUGAUGGUUGGAAGUCAACACGUUGCAGGAAGCCCUUUUCAUAGAUCCUUUACACCGGGUCAAACAGAUCCCCAAAGAACCGUCGUCAUCAGAUAUUGCAGUACGAUCGUUUGUACGGCAAAUAUCGGCCACGUUUUAUAUGUCGAACCUCGAGACGAGUACAGCAAUUUAUGCACUUUCGGCCCUAAAGAUGAUCCAACACAGGGCUACGAAGUUAUAAUAAAUCAAUUAGGUUACGCUAACGAAGAUGAAAGAUCUGAUAUUUUAGGAGCAAACUACUCGGUUUUAAUUGAUUACGAUUGGAUUACACAGAGAGUUACUGUCCAAUUUAAGUUUUUGAAUGAGGGAUGUUUCCAUGCUACCAUAAGAUAUAAUGGUUCAGAGUUAAAUAAUGGGGAUUUUGAUAUUAUUGUACUUAACAGUGCCGAUUCAACUCUAGUCCAUAAAAAUGUCGCGUCCAAAAACCAUAACAUCUGUUACGAAGCGAAACUGUUAGGUUUGGACGGUGAAAAAAUAUUAAAACCAAAACGGGUUCUUUGUUACGUAUCGCCGAAACAGUUAAUAAUCAAGGAAUUGAUACUAAAAUUUAUACCAAAGAGGCUUUACACAUUUAGAUUAUGUCCGUCGACCAAGAUUUAUUUCGCAAAAGAAAUCGUGCCAGCGAAACAAAACGAAAGUUUGGACAGCGUCUUUUACAUCGACGACGGUUGUCAGCCAAAAAUUGAGUUAACAUCGAAAGAGAGAAUUGUGAUAGCUGCGACUUUUGCGCAAUUUUUAUUGAAAAAUAUGGGUGGGUCGGAAACGUUUAAAGAUAAACAAGAUUUUUUUUAUCACGAGGUUAGAAAAUAUCACGAUAAACAUUAUCAACAUCAUGAAAAAGUUAGUUUGAAAGUGAAUAGAUCGAAACUUUUAGAGUCGAGUAUGAAAUUGACAAAAAAUUUUUCUUCAAACGAUUGGUGUAAAAGCUUUGAUAUUUGUUUCGUUGGUGAACAAGGUCUCGAUUGGGGUGGUUUACGACGGGAAUGGUUCGAAUUAAUUUGUGCUGAAUUAUUCGAUUCCCGAAAAGGUUUAUUUACAAGUUUCCACGAAGGCCAACAAUCUUUAGUCCAUCCAAAUCCAAGAAGGCCACCUCAUUUAAAACUAAGACAUUACGAAUUUGCUGGAAAAGUUGUCGGGAAAUGUUUGUAUGAAAGCGCUUUGGGCGGAUCUUAUCGACAACUUGUAAGGGCAAGAUUUACAAGAUCUUUUUUGGCCCAAGUUAUCGGGUUAAGAGUACAUUAUAAAUAUUUCGAACAAGAUGACCCAGAUUUGUAUCUCUCGAAAGUAAAAUAUUUAUUGGAUAAUGAUGUAGAUGAUCAAAUCGACACUGAAUUAUAUUUCGUCGAGGAAGUUUACGAUAAUAACGGGAGACUUUUAAAAACGGUCGAAUUAAUACCGAACGGAUCAAAAAUUAAAGUUAAAAAUCAAACCAAACAUCAAUAUUUAGAUGCUUUAGCUCAGUUCCGAUUAGCAACUACGAUUAGGGCCGAAUUAGAAGCAUUUUUAAAAGGCCUAAAUGAUUUAAUUCCAGAUAAUUUGUUAAGUAUUUUCGACGAAAAUGAAUUGGAAGCCUUUCAGUUACUUUUAUGCGGCACCGGACAUUAUUCGAUAGCCGAUUUUAAAGCGAAUCACAUUGUAAAUGGAAAUUCGCCGGAAUUUCGGAGAGUUAUUGGUUGGUUUUGGACCGCUAUCAGUAAUUUUACGCAAGAAGAAAUGGCGAGGUUGCUUCAAUUUACAACGGGAUGUUCUCAAUUACCUCCAGGUGGAUUUAAAGAGUUGAGUCCUAGGUUUCAAUUAACAGCAGCUCCAACUUUUGGAAAUUUACCAACAGCACACACAUGUUUUAAUCAAUUGUGCUUGCCGGAUUAUGAUAGCUAUGAAAAAUUUGAAAAAAGUCUUUUGUUGGCGAUAAGUGAAGGGACGGAAGGUUUUGGAAUGGUUUGAAACGAUAAAUAAAGAAGAGUGAUUGUGAUUUUUUUAACGAAGGCAUUGAUUAAUGUCGAUUUAACAAAUAAAAGGGAGGAUUAAAGAAGUAACCGAUAUAUAUCAUCUUUAAUAUCAUCUUAAGCGGGUCUAUUAAGGCCUAAAAGAAAACGCUUAGAAUUAUUACAUUCUUCCCAGUUGUUGAAGGUUCUAUUUACAAAGAAAGUGGGCAAUAAUUUCCUUUUUACAAGCUUUAACCAACUUUAUCAAAGAAAUAAUAAUAAAUAGUUGUAGGUUUUUAAUAAUAUAGGUACAAAGUGCACAUUUUUGGACGAAUACUUUGCAUUUUCUUAUUAAAGAACAUUUCAAAACUGAUAUUAUAAAUAAAAAACGCAGACUGAUAGUUGUGCUGUUAACCAUAGAUUUUAAAGAACUAGUCAUCUUAUUUAAUUAGGAUAUUUUAUUGUUAUUAAAAUGUUGUACUUAAUUUAGUAAUCUAUUCGAAUUAAUAUUUA